GUCAAAGGGAGCGAGAACUCCGCCUUGCCCCCACAGGAGCUCCUCUCGCUGGGCACGGCUCUGUUGGCUGCCCUGAGCACGGACCCAGACAUGGCCUGCCAUCCCCAGCUCCUCACCACCAUCCCGCUCCUGCUGGGCAUAUUGUCAAAUGGUCCUGUGACGCGGCAGAAGCAGGAACCCCAGGACCAGAGCCAAGACGGAGAGGCCGGGCGGGGUCCAGAGAGCAAAGUCCAGUCAGAGGAGAGUUCAAACACAGAAAGUGUUGCUGCCAAUGUGGCAAAAUCCGCAGGAGAGGGCCAGACCAGCAAGCAGAAGGCUGAUGACGGCAGUGAAGCAAACGGAUCUUCAACGUCUGAAGAAACCUCCCCGUCCUCCAAGCUGGAUGAGGCCGUGGCUUCUGACUGCUACCAGGUUCUCACAGCCGUGUGUACCUUAUCCAGAGGUCCCGACCAACUGCUGAGCAGGGGUGCCAUUCCUGCCCUGUGCCAGGCAGUGGAACAAAACCAGACUUUCAGCCGCGAGAGGGGGCUUGCCCUGCUGGGUCGCCUCCUCUCGGGUAAAACCAAGGACAAAGUGUGGAGUAAAAACCCUGCGGAACUCCUCACUCUGUUGGUCGGGCUCUCCAAAGACUUCUGCCAAGCCACAGGCCAGACCAAGCUGGACAUGUGCACCCAGUUGGCACAGUUUCUCCCCCCGGUGGGAGUGUCCGCAGAGAGUGAGGAGCUGAAGGUAGCCGUGGUCCACAUAUGGGAGGCAUUGAGACCCAUGUUGCAGGCUAAGCUGACGCCGAAACAGAUCGGGCCGAUCCUGGUCCUCAGUGCCUGCCUGCUGGAUUUGCACGGCUGGGAGCCGGUGGGGCCGCCAAAGUUCUGCUGCUUGCUGGUGAACCGGGCCUGCGUGGAGGUCAGAAUGGGUUUGGAGGAACCACCUGGUAACGAACUGAGCCCGGAGCUGCAGCAAACACUCACAGGCUGUUACCGAAUCAUGGAGGCCGCCAUAGAGCAGGCCUGCUGUAUGGAACUGUCCCAGACCACUGAGCCUCCCCAGAGCUCCAUCCCCUCAAUCAGUCUGCAGCAGAGCAGGCAGGUCCUCGGGGUGCUGGAGGAGGCCUUCGCCGCUUUAAUGUAUCACCUGCAGCAGGUGGACCCAAGUCGCUAUGGUGACCCUUUUAUCUUCGGCACGUUCCGCUCUCUGUGCUCAUGGUUGGCCGAGGAGACUUCCUGUCUGAAAGAGGAGGUGACCGGGCUGUUGCCGUUCCUGAUCGGCUACUCCCGGAGCCACCUGCAGGGAGAGAGCCCAGAGCAAGGCCUCUCCGAAUGGAUGGCCGAGGUGUCCGUCAGAGAGGAGAGGGAGGCGUGGACGGGCAGAGAAGCUCUGAGGUACCUCCUCCCAGCUCUGUGUCACCUGUCGGCCGAGGAAGGUCCCAGGAAGGUGCUGCUCACCCUCGACACCCCGGCCCUGCUGGUGGACUUCCUGUCGCGGUGCUGGACUGACCUCAAGGGGAAAAGUGGGGGGGCGUCGGCCAGGGAUCCCAGCAUGGAAACAGCCUGCUCAGCGCUCCUCAACUUCACCGUCACGGAGACAGAGAGAGUCAGGAAGGACCCAUGUUUCAAAACACUGGAGGCCCUUCUGAGUGAAGCGCUUCCUGUUGUGGUGCACAAGCCCCGCCUGCUGGUCCUAGCAGCAAAUUACUGCACGUUGGGACUGAUGAUCGGCAGGCUCAAAGCGGCUCCUUCAGGCUCGGUUGAAGCCGGCCAGAAGCGUCUCUUCUCCGCAGCUCUCCGGUUCCUCCGCAGCGCCCUGGACUCCGGCUCCAGCCCCGGCCCGGUCAAGGUGAGCCCCGGCUGGGAGGAGAGCUGGGACGAGGCCGCGGAGCUCUGGAGGUUGUGUCUGCAGGCUCUGGGAGGCUGCGUCCGCGCUCAGCCCUGGAUCGCCGCCCUGGUCAGAGAGGAGGGCUGGCUCAAGCACACGCUCGCCAUGCUGAGUCAGUGCAGCGCUCUGCCCGACCGGCACACGCAGGAGGCGCUUGAGGAAGCUCUGUGCGCCAUGGCUGACCAGUGCCCGGUCUGUAAAAAGGAGAUUGGAGACGUGAUGAGAACUGACAAAGGAGCUCUGAUGUGCAUGAGGAACCUGAAGAAGUCAGUGGGAGUGAAGUGAAACUGUUAAGUGCUUUUAAAAAUGAAACAAUAAUAGAGGGCCGUUACUGAAGCCAAACAUGUGUUUAUGACUUGUACCAAACCGACAUGAACAAUGCGUAACCUGUCUCUUACGUGUCAAGUGUGAAAUGUUAAUGUCUUUAAUAAAGAACUAUUUUGUUAGAAAACAAACCACAGCCUCUUUUUGCUCAUGUUUUCAUGCAUCGUCUUUUUUUCCCUUGUUGCUUUGAACCUUAUAUUUCUUCCCCACAAACUAGUUGAACACUGAAGUUUAU